AUGAAGUAUUUAUUGCACAUUAGACUUCCUGUGAUAAUUGUAAACUGCUUAUUUGGAUAUGGAAUAAUAGCCAGAUACGAGAAUGUAAAUGUUAAAAACGAUUGGUGGGAAACGGCGUUGUUCUAUCAAAUAUACACCAGGUCUUUCGUGGACAGUGAUGGUGACGGAGUGGGAGAUUUAAAUGGCGUCAUUUCGAGAUUGGAGUAUCUGAAAGAACUUGGGGUGGAUGCAGCAUGGCUGUCACCAAUUUUCAAAUCUCCCAUGUAUGACUUCGGAUAUGAUGUUUCCGAUUUUUACAGUAUUCAGCCCGAAUACGGAUCUUUGGAAGAUUUUGAGCAACUCAUUAAAAAGGCGAAUGAACUCAGUAUUAAAAUAGUUAUGGAUUAUGUACCAAAUCAUACUGGUAAUGAAAGCGAGUGGUUUAUUAAAUCGUCAAGUAGAGAUGAGUACUACAGCGACUGGUAUAUUUGGGAGAGCGGACAUAUCGACAGCCGCGGUGAAAAGCAGCCUCCUAAUAAUUGGUUAAGCGUGUUUAGAAAAAGCGCUUGGUCGUAUAUGCCUAGCAGAGAUCAAUUUUAUCUCCAUCAGUUCAGCGAAGCCGAGCCCGAUUUAAAUUAUAGAAAUCCGGUGGUUGUAGAAGAAAUGAAGAACAUCAUUAAAUACUGGUUAGAGAAAGGAGUCGCAGGUAUGAGGUUUGGCGCUAUCAAUUAUAUUUUUGAGACUGAUAAGGAUAACUUUGGUGGGCAUUAUCCUGAUGAACCCAUAUCUGGGAAACCAGGCUUAGAUUAUAUCGAUUACAAUUAUUUACAUCACGUCUACACCAAAGACCAAGAAGAAACUUAUGAAAUUGUGUCGCAGUUCAGAGAAGUUAUCGACUCUAUAAGCUUAAGGGAUAACUUUACAAGUUUCCAUGUCGGUGCCCAUAUACCAGUUAAUCAUUUAUUGAUUGAUGCCAUCAACAAGGAAUCGGACGCUCGAGACGUCAAAUACGCUAUAGACCAAUGGCUUUCCUACAAGCCCCUAGGGAAAAAUGCAAAUUGGGCGACUGGAAACCAUGACACGCACCGUGUAGCAUCUCGCUUCAGACCAGGAUUAGUAGACGCAUUCAAUAUGCUUGUUUUGUUACUUCCUGGAAUUGCAAUGACGUAUAUGGGUGAAGAAAUGGGUAUGUUAAAUGGAUUUGUUCCAUGGGUUGAAACAAGAGAUUCAGUGGCAUGUAAUACAAAUGAUCCCGUCAGUUUUAUUGACGUCUCUCGUGACCCAGCCCGCACGCCGUUUCAGUGGAGUAAUGGAAAAAAUGCUGGAUUUUCAACAGCCACUAAAACAUGGCUCCCCGUCGCCGAAGGUUAUGAAAACUUGAACGUAGCCAAUCAACGCUCAGCGAUUCGAUCCCACUACCAAGUGUAUCGGACGCUAUCCAAUUUGCGUCUCCGCCCCGCAUUCCGCCUUGGUCGUUUCGAGUCGUUAGCUCUCAACCAGGAAGUGUUUGCUUUCAAAAGGUGGUAUAAUGAUGACACUUAUGUUGUCGUUAUGAACUUCGGAAAAUCGUAUCAAGUCGUUAACCUUACUGCAUUCGAUUUAGUCUUUGGUCAACUAGAAGUCGAAGUGAGCAGUAUCCUUUCAUCGCGUACUUACAGUGACAACGUUAUGGCAAGUUAUUUGGAUUUGUCUGCUGAUGAAGCCUUGGUCUUGCGGAUGCAGAUU